AUGAAUAAAGGCCGCGAAGUUGGAUUGGAUAAAAUAGCCCGUGAAUUUGAGAGCUAUGAAGAUUAUCUUGACUCUCAGAUUACUGAUACAGAUCUCUUUUACUUAGAAGAUGAAGAAUUAGCUAGAAAAUUAGUUGAAUUUGGAUUUCGUGGCAAUGUGGAACUUUUUAAGAGGGAAGAUUUCGAACGCAAAAGAAAAGAGUGUUUGCAUUCGUCUAAUGAGGCUCGUCUCCUCUAUAGAGCUUUAGAUCAUGAAGGACUAGAAAUUACAGAACCCUGUUUGGUUGCUUUGGCAGAAAGGGAAGAAAUAAAUAGACGCGGAAAUUUGUCUACAAUAAUAUUUAUCAGGGAUAUAAAUAACAAGGGGCGUGAAAUAUCUGGCUACAUUGAUUACGCCCAUCGAUUAAAAGUGGAGGAUUUUGUUCCCUACUUUUCGGGCAAGAAAAAACUCCUGCCUCGAGUUGGUGAUCUAAGCUAUUUGAACUGGGAUUCUCAAUAUAUCGCAUCAUCAUCUUCCCCGAAUUACAAGGUUAUUGCCGAAAAUCCAAACGGUCUGUUAUUUAAAAAUAAGAGGGAUAGAAAUAUCAUUACAAUUGAUCCAUGGUCGCAAACUGCCGGUGAUAAUUCAACCAGAACAGUGAUUCAAACAAGCGAAUACAAACAGUUUGUACUGUAUGACCAUAUUACUAGAAGAAAAACAUAA